AGAGCUGGUUGCCACCGAUCUGUUUAUGUAUUCUUCUCUGGGUCUUGGAUACCGAAUACACACACACACAAUUCUUUACAUGUUCAGGAAAAACCCAUUUAAUUUUUCUACAACCAUCAUUAUACAGCUUCGUCUUCGAAUCAAAUCUUACAAUUCACGUUCCGGAAUCGAAUCAGACACGAAGACAAAAAAUCCGAACUCUUGAAGGACUUCUUGGGGACCACACUGUCCAACUAGGAUCGAAGCGGAGUCAGAAGAAGAAGGAGAAGAAGGAGAUGUCGAAUUACAACAACCAGACGAUGGUCAACAGCACCACGCCGACGAACCAGAGCACAUCCACGAACUCGAUCCUUGUCGACCCCGGUCCGAUCUACAACUCCUACACCGUCGGCUACUUCUUCAUCGGCUUCCUCAUCACCAUCACCUCCUCUAUCCUCAACGCCUUCGGCAUCAAUCUGCAGAAGUUGGACCUCAACAAACAGCUCAAAUCCGUCACCCAAAAUCGCCAGAAAUCGUGCUGUAGACCCAUCUGGUUGUUGGGAUUGUCUCUCUAUAUCCUCUCUCAAGUCCUCGGUAGUACUCUCGCCCUACAGUAUAUGAGAUCGGAAUACGUUGCACCUUUAGGAUCCACCUCAUUAAUCUUCAACUUUUUAUUUGCAAGAUGGCUACUAGGAACGAAGAUCACAGCCUUAGAUGCGGUCGGAACAUUAGUGGUAAUCUUAGGAGUCGUAGGGGUCAUCGGGUUCGGGAACAUUCGACAGGCGGGGAUCGAUGAAGAAGCGAACAUGUCAUUAUCGACCUUAGAAGCCCUAUGGGCCCGACCAGCAUGGAUAGCGCAUCUAGUCUUGCUCGAAAUGAUCACCGCCAUGGUACUUUGGCUGGCGAAUAUCGGCUAUGAAGUGAUUGAAGAGAAACACAAGUUCGAGGCCAGUCGAGUUUUACGAGACGAAGAGGACACGGAUGUGGAGAUGGUCUUACGACGAGGAGGCGGCCGGAAGUCACGGUCUGGGUUCAUGGAGCGGACGUUCAGCUUCCUAUCGCCCCUGCUCUCGCUGCAACAAAGGCUCCGGACCUGGCUGAAAGUCUCGAUCGAACGCUGGUCGAUGAGUCGCUCUGACCAAUCCAUGAUGAAACUAGAUGGCCUGCUCUGGGGAUGUAGUGCCGGACUGCUCGCCGGACAAACCCUGAUCUUCGCAAAGAGCUACGUUAAGUUGGUCUCCAAUGGCCUGGAUCAUCAGCGGGGUGAACCCAAGGACCUCGCGCAUCCUCUAUCCAUCCUCAUCCUCAUCCUCCUCGUCCUCACCGGGGUACUACAAGUUUGGUGUCUCAAUCGAGGACUCAAGGUAUACGACUCAACGUUGAUUGUCCCCGUACUAUUUGCGACAUAUACGGGUAGUGGCUUUAUCAAUUCAUUAAUCUAUUUGCACGAACUGCCGAAUUACCGGACAUCAGUCCUACUGAUGAUCUGGUUAUGCAUAGGAGUCUUAGUGAUCGGGGUGUGCAUGUUAUCGGCCAAACGAGUCGAAGGAGCGGGGCCGAAGGCGAAGCCGAUUGGGGAAUACUCCAGCUCAGCGGAUCCGGAAGGAGAGGCCCAACAGACGGCGAUCGGACGGGAAGAGGCGGUGGGGAUGGUGAUGAUCAACGCUGAGCGUCCGAUCAAGAAGCGGCGGUCCCCGUCGAGUGUGGGUCAUCAUCAGCCGGAGCAGCUGAGCGAAUCUUCGUACGGGGGCCAUCGGCGGCAGUCCUCAGAAGACUCCAGUGUGCCCUCGGUCGUCGAGCUCAAGUCGCAAUAUCCUCUCAACCCUUCCGGCGACCACUCUCGUUCUCUUCGCCGCUCUGGCCUAAGCGCGCUCCCUAAUAAUCCCACCGAUAAUCCGUUCGAUGACUUCGAAAUCCUCGACAACGAACAGCUCCCUGAAGAACGCGAUCAGACUCUACUGUCGUCCGGCGAAGACGAAAUCGACGGCUUGCAGGAUUCUUCCGACGGCUACUUCCGGCCUCCUGAUAAAGCCGACCAUCAUGAUCGUUUUUCUUGACCAUUUCCUCUCCCUUCUUGUCGCCUCUCUUUCCUCCCUUUGGUCCGUCUUUCACAUUAUAUAUAUAUGUAUGUACUUAUUCUCUCUUUAUUUAAUUUCAACUCUUUUUUCAUCGGUUCUUUUUUCCCAAUAAAAAACAAAUCAAAAUGUGUAUUAAGUCAUUAUAUCUCCCUGCAACACUUCACUCUUCCUUUGUCUUUGUCUUUGUCUUUUUUUUUUUUGCUUGUUUCCUUUUAGGCUUGUACAUACAUAACUGGAUAGUCUGUGUCUUAUACAUAUUCCUAUCUUUUUUUUUUUUUAAUAUAGAGUAAAUCAGGUUGAUUAACAAGUUUAAAC